AUGGUGCUGCGGCCGGAGGCCUGGGCGGGGAUCGGUGCGUCUGAUACAGUACUUAGCUGGGUGACGGAGGGCGUGCCCAUCCCCCUCGUGCGUGAACCCGAGCGUAGAGUGUUCACCAAUCCAGUGUUUAGUGGUGCAGAGAAAACGUUUUUGGACCAAGAAAUCAGUGCGCUGGAAGAGAGGGGUAUUAUUCGGCGGGUUCGCGACAUGCCCCAUUGUGUAUCGCCGCUGAAGGUAGUACCCAAGAGUGGCGGCAAGUUCAGACUGAUAUGCGACCUCAGGUCGUCUUGGGAGUCGCUGCUGACGUGGUCCCCCGGAGCCAGGGACGAUCUGUCGUGGUGGGUGUCCUCUCUGGACAGCUGGAACGGCCGGCUGCUGGUGCCGCCAGCUGCUUGCGAUCUGCAGCUCGCCACCGACGCCUCGGGCUCCGGCUGGGGAGCCGUUCUCUCGGCGCACAGUUGUCAGCUGGCGUCCGGGUUCUGGGACUGUCGGCUCGACCGGAUGUUCGGGCCGCAUACAGUGGACCGGUUCGCGUCGUUCAACACGGCGCUACUUCCCGCCUACAACAGUCGGUUUGCCGACCCCUGCUCGGCGGGGAUCGACGCGCUGGGCCAGACCGAUUGGGGCGCGGAGAACAACUGGGUGAACCCUCCGUUUCGUCUCAUCUCGAGGGUUCUGGACAUCGUGGAGGCACAGCGGGCGGUCGCGACGCUGAUAGCACCCAUGUGGCCGGGGCAGCCGUGGAUGGCGCGGCUCCGCCGGCUGUCCACGGCGCCGCCGCUGCGGCUGCCGCCGGUGACGAGCUCGUGUCUCCCCCUGGCCGAGCAGCAGGAGAUAGAGCCGCGGCGCAACUGCCGCUGGAGUCUGUUCGCCUGGAGGAUAUCUGGCGCGAACAGCUAGCCGCUCGUGGUUGGUCUCGGACAGCGAGCAACUGUAUGCAACUGAGCCUGGCAGGCAGCACGUUGCAAACUUACGACCGUUACAUUCGUGAUUUGUUCACAUUUUGCAGCGGCCGGGGAGUUUCUUUUCCGCCGACCGAUCCUGCAGUGAUGGCUGACUUCAUGAUCCACCGGUGUGGCUCCUCUUCUCGUCCACACUCCACUGUCCGGUGCGUGUCUGCCGCCGUAUCUGCGCUGUAUGAGGCAGUGGGUGCUGCUAACCCCGUGCACGACCCGUUUGUUGCUCGGUUGUUGCAGGGUAUUGUGAAGAGUGGCACGCGCGCGCCGUUGGCCAGGUCGGCCGUCAUGGAUAUUUCUGCGUUCAUGCGUCUGUUUCGUGCCUGGUCAGGUAAUGACGACCUGUCCGUUAAACACCUUAGGUUGAAGACCAUUGUUUUGUUAGCUUUAGCGUUGAUGUUAAGACCGUCAGACGUAGCGCCACGGGCUAAAACGUACGACACUAACACAGACCUUGUAUCUUCUUUUGU